ACAAUAAACCGGCAACAGUGGCAUAUAUACAUCUAAUUCAUGUUUAAAGCAAAAACAAACAUUAUAGAAUAAUUCCAUUAUCUAAAAUUGUAUGACUGUUGGCUAAAAGAAGGAUUAUUUGUGUCGAUGUUCGUAACAUACCUUUUCGCAUAAAGUACUUGCUAUCUUAAAGAUUUCAAAAGUAUUACAUAUUUCAUGUCAUUAUUUGAGAACAUUUAUUUAGAGAAGUGGAAGUUAUUUUAUUACAUUUACUAUAAAUUUUUGUUGUGCUAUGGUUUCGUUAUGUGACUAAAAUUAUAAGGUUGUAAAAAAUGUAACUAAGCUUAUAUUUAGUUAUCUACAUUUACAAAAGCAUAUUUGGAAUGUAAACUCAGACAUUAUGCCUGGUGGAAGACGCAAUGGUGCUAGUCGAAAUGGUCAGACUAAGUCACAAACUAGUUUCUCUGGAAGUACAAAUGCAACUGUGAGAAGUAAUAGUGGUGAAAGGGCAACUGGAUGUGGUGUAGAUGACAAGAAAUCAGAUGACUUAUGUGGAGUAAAAACAUUAGUACCAAAACAUGUACCUAUACCAAUUGUACCUGUUGAUGGACAUUUGACAUUUGAAGCAUUGUCUCUGGUUGUGUCGCUUGUUGCAGCUUCUUUACAAAUGCUUAAUUUAUAUAGAACUGUGUGGUGGUUACCUCAUUCAUACAAUAGUUAUAGUAUGAAUUUUUAUUUAAUUGAUCCUUACUUAAUCAUUUUCAUUGUGACUAUGAUGGCACGGCAAUUUAUUUAUUCUUUACUACAUCGACUUAUUGAUAUGUCAGUGCCUGUUCGCUGGUUGUACACUGCUCAAAAAGUCAUGAGGAUAAUCCUUCUAAUUAUUGUGAUGACUGUAUUGUGUUGGUGCCUAUAUCACAUGGCUGAAAGGCAUAAUUCUAUGAAAAUUUUUUAUCUAUGUUAUCCAAGUUUAUCUGUAUAUUUUGUAAUGUUUGGUAUGAGUGCAGCACCUUUUUUCGAUAUAUCAACAGCAUCUGUAUGCAAUAAAGAUGAUAAAAAAAUAAAAUAUCCACUGGAUAAGCCAUUACAUAAUUGCUCAUUGAAUGCAUCUGCAAUUAGAACAGAAGUUGCAACUCUGAGGUCUGAUUUUAAUCGUCGUUUAAAACGAGCUUUAUUCACAUCUUCUAGUAGUGCUUACAUAUGUGGUAUUGCACCUAUUAUAUUUGUACCUCAAUAUUUACAUUUUAACGUUUCAUGGGUUGUUCAACAUGUCAUUAUGUUUUGGAUUGGAAAAAUAAGUGCUCAUUUUUCUCAAGCUUAUCCAGUUAGGUACUGCGACGUAUUACACCGAGCAGCAUUACACCUAGGCCGAUGGGUUAAAAUUGAAAAUCGUAAUAAUCAUACCUACGCACAAGCGUGGAAUGAUUCGGUUUUAUGGCCUCAUGGUUCGGUGGUAAGGCAUAAUAAAGAGACUUAUCGAUCCGAAGGAGUAUGUACAGUAGCGGAACCAGGAAAUUCAAAUCAUUACAGAUUUUAUGCAUUAUUUAGUAAUCCCACGAUGCUACUUUUUUCAUUAUUGGGACUACAGCUUUUACUUGUGGGCACACAACUGUUCAUUCUACUACGUACUACUGACUGGUAUCAAGUGUUAUCAAUAACGCUGCUUCUCCUCAUCAAUUACUAUCCCCUAUUUAAGAUUACUAGAAAUUAUCUUAUUUGUUGGAAAGUAUAUCAUGCCGAACAAAUCAUACAAGAAAAAUCGCAAUUGUGUUCAAAUCUUGGUACUCAAUAAACGAACAAAAGGUAAACAAAAUA